AUGAAGACCUACGCUGUUGUUCUCUCCCUCGCGGCCUUGACGGUCGCCCAGACGACGGGAGGAGGUGCCACUCCCGUCCCUCCCCCGAUCCCGGCGGCCAAUGAUACCCCCGCCUGCGCCGAGGCCAAGAUCCUUGCUGGUGGCAUCGCCCUCAACAUCCUAGUCCAGCAGCAGGAGGUGAACAGUCUCAAUGCUGUCAUUCAGGCGCUUCAGGGGAACCCGGUCAACCAGCAGCAGUUUCAGACCGCCAAGUCGAACCUCUUGUCCUUCGUCAGCGACGGAAUCCAGAUCCGCCAGUCGAACCAGCUCAUUGCCCCUACCGGAAAUGCCGCGACGGCAGGGCUCGCAGUGGUCGCCAAUGCUCAGCUCGGCGAGCUCGAGAAGGCUUCCGGGCUCACCGGAAACCCUCAAACAGAUAAUGCCGUCACUCAGUCUCUCAUGAGUGACUUCAACGGCGGCAUCAAGAAGAAUAUAGAGAACCAACAAAAUGCUAUCCAGGGUUGCUAA